GCUGCGAGGAAGGAAGCAUCCAGUGAAGUUUGACAUAGUAAAGAACCCCCUUUAAAAAAAAACAAAUUAAAUCAAGUGCAAAAAAAAAAUGAAAUCUGUCAUCCAGGCUGUCAUCGCCAUUUUGGCGGUAAAUGUAUCGUCGGCUCUUGGAUGGGGCUACCGAGCGUCUGACCAGCGUCGCUGGGCGGUGCUGCACCCGGCGUGUGGGGGGCGGCAGCAGUCCCCCAUCGCGAUCGCCGCCAGGCAAGCCAUCCCGAUCUCCAUUCCCGCCAUGGAGCUCAUUGGCUACCAGAACCCCCUGCCUGGACCGCUAACUACCACAAACAAUGGCCACUCAGUGGCGCUCACCAUCCCAAAAUACUCAUCUGAAGAGGAAAAGAAAGGUUUCCGCCUGCCCUACAUCUUCGGCGGGCCGCUGGACAACGAGUAUGAAAUAGAAGGGCUGCACUUCCACUGGGGGGACAAGAACAACAGAGGUUCCGAGCACACCCUCAACGACAUGCGGCUCCCUCUGGAGAUGCACAUAAUCCACAGGAACAAGAAGUACAGGAGCCUGGCUGAGGCUCUCCAGCAUCCGGAUGGUCUUUGUGUGCUUGCCUUCUUCUACCAGGUGGUGGAGUUCGACGCAAAGCUGUUGACUCCCAUCGUCAAGAACCUGUCUGCCAUCGAGAACUACAACACCACCAUGCAGCUGCCGCACACCUUCUCGCUGUCGUCCAUCCUGGCGGGGCUGGACACGGAGCGGUUCUACACGUACAAGGGCUCGCUGACCACGCCGCCUUGCGCGGAGGCAGUCACGUGGGUCGUGUUCUCAGACUACCUUCCCAUCUCUGUUUUCCAGAUGGACAACUUCCGCGGUCUGCUCUCUAACCUGAACCUACCACUCGUGGACAACUUCAGACAGCUUCAACCGCUCUUCGGCCGGCGUAUCUUCGUCAGAAUAACCUCAAAGAACCCUAAAUUCAAGAAAACUAAACUUCACUACUCAAAAUGGGACUGGGUUGGACACAAGAAGACUGAGAACGACAUCGCAGAAUUCGACGACUAAAGCUAAACCAUAAUUCCUAAUGAACUAAUCUUGUAACUAAAUUUAGCACUCUACGGGUAUUAAUUAUGUUUAAUCACCAAAUAUUGGACUUUAAAAGUACCUAACCAAUUCUUGUACUCGAAUGUAGACUAUAACAAAACAAGUCAUUUAUUUUAUAAACUGGACUAAAGCUCAAAAAAUUUUUAGUCAUGUCAAAAAUUGUAAUUUAGUUAUAUUACUAAAUAAUUGUAAUAAGUAUUAAGUAUGUUGCUCACGAAACUUAAAUUUUAACUAGAUUGUUAAGUUUGAGCUAAAACCAAUCUCAAAUUGAUGAAAAGAAAGAGAUGAACAUGUUCAGUAGGUCACUCGGAUAGGUUUAUUUACGGGGCUCGGAGAUGGUUAAAUUAAACAAGCUUGUAUUUUGCUGAGGUUGCACAAGCAUGCAAGGUUGUGCCAAUUGUUAUAUCUACCUUGUUGCAAACACAAACAAUAUAACGUCAUAAAGUCCGUAUGGCAAAAAAAAAUCUGCUUGAUAAUUUAGGCAACCAUGAAGGUUAGCCUUAAUCAUCAAGCAAAUAUUAAGAAAUAUGAAAAAUCUAUGCGCUUGGUUGAAGCAGCUUAACCAUCUCCUUAAAACAGGACUAAAAUUAGUCUCCAGGCCCUGUGUGAAGGAUUCAAGCUAUGUUUUACUAAUAAGAAAGUUUGAGUAGUUUUAAAUCACAUUAAGUUUUAGUUUCGUGUGCAACAUAAUAAGUAUAAUAUCUACUUGUUUAAUGGUUGUGUGCACUGUAUCAUAUUGAAUAUUAUGUGUGCAGAUAAGUAUUAUUUUGUGUAAGUGAUUAAUAAUACAAUGUAAAUAAAUA